AUGCAGAACUCUGACGCCCUUACCGAGGGUCGUCGCAUCUACAUGGGCAACCUUCUGUACUCCGUCAAGCCCGCUGAUGUCGAGGGACUCCUUCAGGAUGCCGGCUUCACCCAGUACGAGAAGAUUCACAUUUCGGUUGAUCCCCUUAGCGGAAGGAACCCUGGCUACUGCUUCAUCGAGUUCACCACUCGUGAGGAGGCUGAGCGCGCUCUUGAGAGCUUGGCUGGCGUUGACCUUUGCGGACGUUCCGUGAAGCUCGGCCCUUGCCACCCCAAGACUUCUUCUCAGCGUCGGGAGGGAGCGUCCGCCUCCCCUGCGCCCCGCUCCACUUUCGAUCGGUGGGGUGACUGGAGAAGCGGCAGCAAGCCCGCGGCGACUGAGGAGCAGAGGUCGUAUGGUACUCAGAGGCGCACUGGUAGUGAUGCGAAGGAGGGCGUUGUCCAAAACAACAAGAGACUCUAUGUUGGUGGUCUUGGCGAGAUGAUCGACCAGGAGCAGAACGACGCAGAGAUCCGUGAGAUCUUCCUUGGGUUCGAGAUUGUGACUAUCGGCAAGCGUAUCGCUCCCAACCCUCUUUCGAGGCCUCAGAACGGCAGCGGUAGCCACCACUACUGCUUCGUCGAUUUUGCGUCCGAGGACGAGGCUGAGCGUGCUAUGACGGCGACCAACGGCAGGCCCAUCCUGGGCGGCACCCUUCGUGUCUACCCUGCCAAGUCCAAGGCUCCUGUCCGGGAGGCUGAGGAGGGCUCCUCCUACAGACCUCGCGGCGAGCGCACUGAGCGCACUGAGCGUACCGAGAGGGCGGAGCGCCCCGCAAGGACUGAUCGCAACCCUGAGCGUCAGAGGGAGAUCCUCGGUGCCAGGAGCUGGAGGGCCGGCCCCAGCGCCGUUGCUGCCGAGUGA